ACUCUGGUGAAGCUGGUGACCCGUCUGCACCACGGAACAGCUUCUACUGCACACCUGACGCUCAGACCGCAGCAUGCAGCAACCAGGCCGGCUGAGGCUGAGGCCGUGGCUGGAGGAGCAGAUUCAUUCUGGGAGGUAUCCAGGGGUCAGCUGGCUGGACCAGUCAGCACAAAUCUUCCAAGUCCCAUGGACACAUGCUGCUCGCCACGGCUGGAGUAUUGACCGAGAUGCUACUCUCUUCAGGAGUUGGGCCAUGCACACUGGACGCUACCAUCCAGGUGAAGACAAGCCAGAUCCUAAGACGUGGAAGGCAAACUUCCGCUGUGCGUUGAACUCCCUGCCGGACAUCUGUGAGCUGCGGGAGCACAGCAGGAAGAGAGGCAGCAACGCCUACAGAGUCUACAGGAUGCUGCCCAGCACCCAGGCCCACCGGCGCAGGAGAGGGCUGCGGUCCAGCAGGCACAGAGAGAGGCAGACCAGUUCAGGUGAUGGUACCAACACCGUGCACAGUCGGCAACCCACAACAAUAAGACUCAACUCAGACCUAACACAGAGGGUUGAGACCCCUGCAGAGGACGUAUCCAGCAGCUCUCAAACUCACGGGAUGUGGGAGGCCGAACCAGAGGAGCAGGAACAGACUGAGGCUGUGUUUAAGCUGAUGGACCAUUUGAGCAACGCUGACCUCUGGAACCAAAGUGGGGAACAGAGAAAAUGGAGAACACACACACUGUGGGACCACUGGCACUGUGCUGGUGAUGAUAACUCGUACUCUCUGCACCAGGAGAACCACUCUGAUCUGUUUGGUCCGAAUUACCUGAAGGAGCUCUCUGAUUGGUCCACAAAUCAGCAAAACCUGAUGUUGUAGCUGUGGACCAGUGGUUCUCCUGUUGAACAUAUAACAUACAUGUGUUGUUUCUAACCUUCAACUGUUUCCUCCUCCUGUCCAUCUGCUGUUGUGCAUAUGAUACCUCAAGCAUGACACCAUUAAAUAGUGUGCCUUUGGGCAUUCAAUACAUUUGAAAAUCACAAAAACUAUGAAAACAAAGGACCCCCUGGAAUGUUUCCACCAUGUGGGUGAGGUCACAUGUAUGUGUUAAGUUUGGGGAGAUGUGUGUGUCUGUGUUGGUGACAGGUUAGAGAAUGUAGUUAGUUUAAUCUAACAUUAACUUUCAAAUAACUUGUUACCAAGUAUCACAACAGCACAAAUCAAAAUUAUAAACAUAACAUGAAUAGAAUUGAACAGUCUUUGCUUAGCCCAGUAUACUUAUUAAGCCCAGUUGUGUUACCCAUCUAUGAAAUGGGGGAAAAGGUUGAUGUGCUGUUUGAAGUCCAGUGAAGUGGUCUUGCCGGUUUGUGGCUCCUGUUGUUGUGGUUCUGCUGUGCGAUGCUGCUCUCGUGCUGAAGUUCUCGCGUCGCUGCCUUUUAGAAGGUUUGAGCAGUCUGCUCCAGGCAGGCCUGCUUGAAUGUUGGUAGAGCUUGGAUAGGGAGGAAGCUUCUCUUGCUGGGUGAGCUGGAGAGCUACACCACACCUCUCCUCCAGGAGAGACUCUUUGAGUCGAAAGAGCGAGAGAGAUAUAAGAGAGAGGUUACUGGGCUUAUAUUGGCCUGGUGACCUCAUGGGUCAUUGGGCCCAUAGUGCCCAAUAGUGGUUGAAAGUUGUGUCCAGGGGAAGUUUAACAACUAGGUGUGUAGUGGAAGUUGAACCCUGGGAGACAGAGUUCUGGAGGCUCUCCUUUGUCUCCAGAACAAAGAAACAUCGGGUCAGGCUUUGGUUAAACAUGUAGUCCGAACUGUAGUUCACAAAUACUAGGUACCAACACUGCUGAGCUGACCACUGACAAAGAGAAACAGGAGAGGUGACGUGCAGACAGAUAUUUUGCUUCAUCAGUCAGUCGGUCAUCAUCUGUGCUGAGCACGCUGAGAUGAGGAUCCAGUUCCAAGCCAAGCUUUCACUAAGUGUCAUCUUCUUCACUGGGGUUCACCAUGGUUCAGUGGCUCUAACUCACUGAAGUGACACCAAGCUCACACCACAGCUCCCAGAGUAAACAGAUAUCAUUUCAUUUCAGAGCAGGACCUGUCUUUUCUCUGCCUGCGUUUGUUAAAAUAGCAGGCAGUAGAAUAAAGUACAUGCUACCUGGAUUGAGUGCUAGGUGGAGUUAAAGAAUGACAUGUAUUUUUUGUCUGUAUAGUGCAUAUGAUUUCUCCUUUAGAUACUCAUCAUAUUUUCUGUGUGUUUUUUUAAUGUUCCCAAGCAAUAUAAAGAUCAACUUGAUCUACGA